AUUUGACGUUGUUCACGUAUGCCAUGACCCUGAACCAAGGUCAGAUGGAGGACAGGUGGACAGACAAUCCACACAGGGGGACAUCUUCUUCUUCAGAGAUGGCAUGGUCGUAUUCUGGAACGUGGAAGAUCAAACUAUGCGAGAAGUGCGUCAGAUGUUGGAGCAGUACGAGCGGAACCCCUACAACAUUGCUCUGGUGGAGUGGGAGAACGAGCAGAUGAACUAUUCCUACACAGAGAACAGCACGCUGCUGUCUAAUGGAGACAUUCAGCUGUCCAGCAGUGCAGCAGAGUUGGAUAUGAUACUAGAGAAGUACACAUUCUCCAAUGCCAUGGCUUUGUCUGUGAAACUUGCUAUCUGGGAAGCCUGGCUGGACGACUAUGUUGACUCUAUAAUGUACAUUCCUGAGUUGCUGCGGGAGGGGAAACGACUCAAGAUGUCACGCCCGAAGGUCAUGCAGAAAAUUGGCGAGCUCUUUGCUCUCAAGUACAGGAUCAACCUGGGUUCAGACCUCCUCAUGACACCUGACUUCUACUGGGACAGGGACCACCUGGAGAGCCUGUACCUCAAGACAUGCAGGUUCCUUAACAUCCCGGGAAGGACCACGGUGGUGAAUGAAAAACUGCGACACUGUCAGGAGUUGGCAGAGCUGAUGAGGACACACCUCAGUGAGCGGCACAGCCUUCGUCUGGAAUGGAUGAUCAUCGCACUCAUUGCAAUAGAGGUGCUGUUUGAGGUUGUGAGAAUCCUCACCAGGACGUUCAGAGAACCGGACAACGUGAGAGAACAGAACUGAUUCUCUACAGUCAGACUCAAGGAUGAAAUCAUUGUUCCUGAAAGAAGGAGCUGUUUAAAUUCAAUACAAUUAACUUCUAGGAAGUAUGAAAUUUAAUAAAGUGGUUACCUAAUUAUUGUCUUUUUUAAAACAAUUAUUAACCUAAAGAAAUAACUAAUUUAACCAGGAAUUCGAAGGCUUGACUUGAAAACAAGGAAGUGUGCAAACCUAACAUUGUGUAAUGAACUACUGUGAAAGUUGAGAGAUUUAAAAAAUAUGAAGUGAAACUGUAACUCUGUCAAGCCUACUGGAUUAGUCAAAGCUAAGAUUCUCUCCACAGUUUUCGGUGUAUAGGGGUGGUGCCCCUCUAUGUUUCUAUAGGAUAAGCCACACAGGUCACUACAGUAGGACUAGGAGAAUAGUAAAAUGUUUGUAUUGUGUGUUCAACUCCCAUACUCUGUCUUAUAAGUGCUGAGUAGGGCUGGGUAUCGGUACAGCGUACCGGUACAAAACCGGUUUUUCUUAUUGGACCGGUCCAGAAAAAA